AUGAAGAAUCGAAAUAUUUUAGGAAUUCUAAUACUCCUAGUAAUUUUUACUUUGUCAAAAUCAGCCUUCCAAGACAAAACCUUGACAUAUCAGUUCCAUGACUUGACGGAAGACACGACUCAAGUUAUAAAUAUGGAAAAUGAAGCUAACGUGCCUGUUUUUAAGUUUCCUGCUUCAGAUGUUGAUAAGCCAGAUAUUAUUCCCCAAGGGCUUCAUUUCACUCAAGGAAAAUACUUGGAUAUUGAUGAGACUUUUCCUCUCCAAUACCAAGACCAUCUUUCAAUGGAGUUAUGGAUAUUUGUGAGCAAAUACAAGCAUUCAGCAUAUGUAGUGAUGACAGCACAACAUUUCUCUAUUGGUGGGACAACAAAUUACCUAACCAGAAUCAGCUAUAACGAGCCUUACGAUAAAUUCAUUUUAACAAUCGAAAGUUCUAUUGCUAAGAGUGAGAAGAUUUCCCAAAGAGGAUGGAACAAGCUAUCAAUACUCAAAAAUACCACCAUAUUCAGAGCCAAUGUAUACGAUCAUUUUAAUGGAGAUGAAACAGCAAAUGUAAUUACUGCGGGUCUUGUAGUCUAUCCGCUAGGAGUAUUAGGAUGUUCUAGUGACUGAAACCAAACAGACUUCAUUAUUCACAGUCUGAAACUGAGCACUACAGUAGAUUAUACAGUGACUCCAACAGCCCAGCUAUACAACCCUUAUGGAUUCCAGUGAGGAGAUGGGACCAGAGACCCUGAGUCUCUUGAAGAAUGUGAUGAUGGAAGUAAUACAGGAGAAAACAAGUGGGAUAAAUACGACUCCCAAUGUGACAAAAACUGCUUUCUUGGGUAUAACAUAAGCUGUACAGAUGAGAAUCCUCAGAAUUGAUUUCAGAGUGACUGAGGAGACGGAUUCUUUGCUCAUAAUGAGGAUUGUGAUGAUGGGAAUAAAAAUGAUACAGAUGGCUGUGAUCCUAACUGAAAUGUUGAGACUGGAUUCAAGUGAAAGGGUUGGCACAACCAAACUUGAACACCAAUCUGUGGAGACUUGGUGAUGAAGGGCGAUGAACAAUGAGAUGACGGAAAUACUACUGAUGGCGAUGGGUGCAGUAGUGAUUGAAAGGUAGAAGAUGGCUACGAUUGAACUGGAUCAAGUAACCAGGUCUGUGUUCUAUCAUGAGGAAAUGGAGUUAAAUUGUUCCCUGAACAAUGAGACGAUGGGAAUACUAAUGAUGGUGAUGGGUGUGAUAAGGAUUGUAAACAUGAAAGAGAUUACUUAUGAGCUGGCCAAGGAGUAACUACCAACUGAACCAGACAGUGUGGAAAUGGCAUCCUCAAUCCGACUGAUGACUUGAAGACUACUUGAGAUGACAACAAUACAAUCAGUGGAGAUGGCUGUGAUUCCAACUGAGCUGUUGAAUCAGGUUAUAUAUGCAAGUCUCCCACUUAUACAAACAGCAUAUGCAAGCCGAGGUGUGGAGAUGGGCUGAUUAUUGCACCAGAAGCAUGUGAUGACAAGAACGAAGUCAGUGGUGAUGGAUGUAGUUCCCAGUGAACUAUUGAGAAUAACUUUCUUUGCUCUAAUAAGACUCCAACAGGUCCGAGUGUGUGUAAGAAAUGAGAAAUCAAGCAUUGUUUGGAAUGUGAUCCAAAGGACUAUGACAAAUGCAUAAAAUGUGAGAAGCAUUUUAUGCUUAAAAGUCCAACAAAGUGAUAUUCUCCAAAUGUUUACGAAGUCUCUGAAAAUGCUCAACAAAUGUCUUCAGGUUCUCAGGCUAUCUCAGGAGUCAGUGCUGGAGCUACAAUAGGAGUGUCUAUUUUAAACUUAUCGUCCAUUGCAGCAAUCUGGUCAAUAGUAAAUCAACUCCAACUCUAUUUAUUGUUGCUGUUGACUAAAACUCCAUUUCCAGGAAAUGUGAAAGUAAUGAUUUUAGGAAACGAGAUGAUGCAGUUCAAUCUCAACAUUGUUCCAAUUAAUAAGCUCCCAAAAGCUCCAGAGUUUAUGGACUGGCUGCGCAUAGAACAAGAAAAUAUCUACCUUGAAACAAUUGGCAUUGAAUCAAGCACAAGCUUGCUGAAUAACUUUGGGUUUGCUAUUUGAAUGAUCUUUCUGCUGAUGCUCUAUCCAGUUGUGAUGACAUUGAGACUGUGUAUCAACUACGAGAACGAGAAGAAGUGUAGUUUCAACUAUGUGAUGAUCAAAAUUGUAGACCUCUUCAACUUUAUUAUUUACAUCAGACUGAUUCUUGGAGGGUUUCAGCUUCUCCUGAUAUGCAGUCUCUCAGAAGUUGUUGACUUCAACUUCUCUGGCAUUCCUCAGAUUAUCUCAUUUAUCUUCUCAUGACUAGUUCUAGUAGUAUGCUUAGGAGCAAUUGGAGUUUCGUUCUAUGUGUUCUAUUCAAAGUGAGAUUUUUAUGACCCCGACAAACAUUACAAGCUUGCAGAGUUCAUAACUGGAAUUAGAAAUUCUAAAUAUGCAAGACUCUAUCCCUAUAUGAGCUUGACUAGAAGAUCUUUGUUUGUUGGAUGGCUCAUUAUUUUUAGUUGGUUUGAAUGCAUUUAUUUGUCAAUAGGAAUGCUAGUGAUUCAAUUUUUCUAUUUAGUUGCUCUAACAAUCGUUCGACCCUUCGAUAGGCCAGAGAACAACAUUAUUGAAUUAGUAAACGAAGUCAUUUACACUUCAAUGAUCUCAAUAAUGAUAGCUUGAAACAGUGAGGAAGAGUGGUCAGGUUCAAUAACUAGCAUCUUCUGUGGAAUCAUUAUGUUCAACUCUCUCAUCAUCACAUUCAUCAUGAUUGGGGCUUUGCUGGUGUCUUUGUGCAAGAAAUGUUUUAGAAAGAAAGGCCAAGCUCAGACUACAGUUCAGCCAGUGCAUGACAUCACUGUGAACAUUGGAAACACAAGAGCCACUCACAGAAUAGAAUCUGAUAUUUCAGGGAUCAGAAUUAUUUCAUCCUCAAGAAGUAAGCAUUAUCUCGACUGUAGCUCCGAACAUGUCAAAAUUAUUUAAAGAAGCAAGGAAGAAAUCCAAUCUUGAGAGAAAUGCUGAAGCCAGUUACAGAUUUCCUAAUUAAGGUGCUGAUGUCUAAUUGGAUCUA